CAUACUAUCAUCAAUCUCUCUAACUACAUAUUGAAUCCAAAUGAGUUGUCCAUCAUCAAUAAGGGCCUCAAUUUCGUUCCUACUACUCGUUUUGAUAGAUUUCUUUGGGUUAAGGAUCUCAACCUCUUCUGUCGCAAAUUGAAAUGGCGGAAGUUCUUCCAUGUAGCCGACAUUAACACAUGUCAGGCUCUAGGUAUCGAACCCUCUGACUUAGAGAAUGUUCGCACCCUAAACACCCUCUUGGGGGAUCAAAACAGAGAUAGAUCUAGAGGUCCCUUCAGUGACCUUGGACUUCCCAGUACCAGAUCUCCCCCCCUCAAUGAUGACACCAACAUUGAUAUUUUCUAUAAACUAGUUCUUAGAGACCUCGUGGAUCUCGAAAGGACACAUCAAACAAAAUACCGUAACUACACUCACGGCGAAAUGCAAGCUCUCCUUAACCUAGAGAAGAAUCGCAACAUAGUGAUUAAACCCUCAGACAAAGGAGGUAACAUUGUGAUUUUACCCACUGAACAAUACAAAUCUAUGUGUCUCUCGAUCAUUCAAGACGAGACAAACUAUAGCAAACUAAGACGGGACCCCACAACCUUAUUCCAAAGGGAACUACAUAACUUGCUAACGGCAGCACUGCAUGACCAUGUCAUAGAUAAAAAGGAAUUUGAUUUCCUGUUUCCCAACACUCCUAAAAUAGCGACGUUCUAUGGACUUCCCAAAGUCCACAAAGGAUUAUCACCGCUAAAAUGCAGACCCAUAGUAUCGGGAGUGGAUAGUCUUUGCCAAAACAUAGGCAUCUAUGUGGACAAAAUGCUAUGACAUUUUGUCAUGGCUCUACCCUCCUAUACCAGGGAUACCUCGGAUCUGUUGGGGAAGAUAGAAGGGAUGCAGAUAGAAGAUUCGUGGUACUUAGCCUCCAUUGAUGUAGAGGCUCUCUAUAGUUCCAUCAUUCACGAGAUUGGACUUAAAGCGGUAUCUUUCUACCUAGACACAAGGAGUAAUCAUCUGCUUACUCACAAUAAGUUCAUCCUGGAUUUGCUACAGUUUAUACUUACGCACAACUAUUUUCUGUUUGACUCCGCCUACUAUCACCAGCUCAGGGGUACGGCCAUGGGGAGCCCCUGCGCCCCCAGUUAUGCCAACCUUACCCUGGGCUGGUGGGAAGACACCAUCGUAUUCACAGAUUCCACCACUCAUUUUACCCAAUACAUCGUCUUUUGGACACGAUACAUUGACGAUGUAUUUAUUAUCUGGUCUGGGUCACAAUCUCUAUUUAAGGACUUCAUCACUACACUCAACCACAAUUCAAUUGGCCUUUUCUUUACAUCAGAUAUCCAGUUGACACAACUUCCAUUUUUAGAUGUUCUGAUUUCUAAAAACGGCCAAGGGCAACUGGACACAACGCUUUACCGCAAACCGACGGCAGGAAACAAUCUCCUAAGAUGGCAGAGUUUCCACCCCUUUCCUCUGCGUAAAGGUAUCCCAAAAGGUCAAUUCUUGAGGGUACGCAGGAACUGCUCAUCGGAAGACACCUUCCGAGAAGAAGCAUCCAAACUUUAUUCCAGGUUCCAGGAACGAGGCUACCCUAACAAACAUCUGGACACAGCCCUUCGAUCAGUUCAGUCGACUUCACGACAGGAUUUACUUAACCCAAGAACAACAUCAAAAAACGAAGAUGGAGGAUUUACACGAAUAAUAGCCACCUUUGAUACAGCAUCCCAGGAAAUACGUAACAUCAUCCAGAAACACUGGGACAUCCUGACAAUGGAUAGGGACCUCAAAGAUGCGGUAAGCCCAUACCCACUCAUUUCUUUCAGGAGGGGCCGUAAUGUGAGAGACAGACUUGUCUCCAGUCACUUCGCAUCACAGAAACCACUCACUAACUGGCUCUCCCAACGAAAACCGGGCACUUUCAGAUGCGGAAAGUGUAGAGCCUGUCAGUUUAUAAAGGUGGACAACCAAUAUUUUGACAAAGAACUUCACCGGUCCUUUCGUAGCAGAACGUUUGCAAACUGCAAAACCACAGGGGUGGUGUAUAUUGCCACCUGUAUAUGUGGGCUUAGAUACGUGGGUAAAACCACCCGGGAAUUCAAAUGCAGGAUUUUGGAACACAUUGGAGAUGUGAACAACAAUCGGGAUAAACCUAUUGCCAAACAUGUCAACAACAAACACAAUGGCAACCCAACAGUCCUCCAAUUCCAAGCCUUGGAAAUCAUUUCACCCUCCCAAAGAAGAGGUAAUCUUGACAAAAUACUAACACAAAAAGAAACUCGCUGGAUCUUCCUUUUGGAUACAGUCCAACCACACGGUCUAAAUGAAAAUUUGAACUUCACCAGCUUCAUAUAAUCUUAUAAUCAUAUUACUCCUAAUCCUCGAAAGAAUGUUCCUCUACCAGCCAUUUCAAUUAGCGACUAUCCCUUUACUUCCUAUUCUUCCUAUCCCCCUUUCGGGUAUUACUCCAAUCUCUUUUGGUUUGGGCCUCCCAUAUUCGGACACACUCCCCCUUUUUCGUAUAAUACAACUGACAGUGCCAGGUCUACCAUGCCCUUCUUAUGAGAGACAACAUCCCCUCCCCCUUCCCCCCCUCUCUACCUCUCCUAGUCUAACCGCUUCCCCUACAGCCUCACCCUACCCUCCGUUUUAAUUAAAAAACUUAUCUGCACCCACAUACCUUAACAAGGUGCCUAGACACAUACCUCUAAAUACCCAAUGUAAACCCCCAUCGUGGGAAUUGUGAGUGUGAUUGUACAAUUUCUAAAUCUUCUACUAUCAAAUUGGCCACCCACCUAUAUCUCUAUACUCUAUCUCAUACAUCCAUACGCUGAUUAAUCAUUCAUAUCACUCCAUUGACAAUUUCCCCCGGCUUCUUAUUCCACCAUACUGACCAUUAUCUUAGCAUUGUCUAAUUAUACACCAAACCCCCCCCCCCCACCCCCCAAGGCAGACAUAGAUACACAUCCUCAUACAUGUUUAUUUCAAUCAAGCAUCAUACGGCCAUCCCGCCUCCUUUCACACUUAAGCCACUGUACGCAGGCGCACAGACUAUAAUGACGUCACCCCUGUCCCGAUCGGAGCGCUCGCUGUGCUAUGCGCUCCACGCUGGAGCGCUGCACUUCCGGCGGGGCUGAAUUUGCUUACUUCCGGUCCCGCGGCGUCUUAAACGGGCGCUGCCCGUGGAUGCCGCACUGACGCACGGACAGCCUCACUACCCGAACGCUGAGGGACCAGAACCAUCCUACUUCUCCUGGGCCUCCCCGCCAGCCCCGGAACCGUACCUUCUGGACUUCUCCCUACCUCUCCCCUUGGGACCCCCGCUACCGCAGUCUAUCAUGUGCCCUAGGGAUCUCUAGAUCUCUCUAUAUAUCCCUCCAGUAUCUACACCUACUCGAUUUCAUCUAUAUCAGAGUGGAGAUUCUUUUUCAACAUCCUAAUAGGAGGAGUCACCAAGCACCCGGACCCAAGACUGAUAUUCAUACGCAGCUGUCCAGAUCAGUGUGUCACUCUCAUCAUAUCACCAUACAAGUAUAUCUAAUGUACGCUUCUUCAAUCUACAUGUGAUGAUGCAUUGCUACUAUAUGUACGGUCUCCCAUGACCUUAUUUCUGCAAGUAUUCUCCACGAGAAUCCCUGAGGAGCUAUCUGUACUCACACGGAUAAGCGAAACGCGUUGGAUUAAUGCAAUCUCUAUGUAAUGCAUAGGUAUAUCUCUACCUAUGCAACACACACAAUUGUGGGUUUUAAACGUGAAUACUACUACAUACCCCUGGCUACCCCCCUCGGGUUCUGAUACUGUAUUAUUAUUUUUACCACAUGUAUGUUACACCUCUAAACACCUAAGCGUGAUAUCUAAGAUCAAAUACUGUAUAUUGGAUCUGUCGGGCUAUUAGCCUCGGUCUACUGUAUCUUGGCGACACCACAGUAUUGUUUCAGCAUCCCCUCUAUAGCCCAGGGCCAAUAGGAGGUUCCAGUGUAGGCCCAGGUCACUAGGACAGGGGACUUACAGUAUCGCCAGGCAGGGCUAAUAGAUAGGGACAUACUAGUCACGCCUUACUCUUGCUCGAUCCUAAGUAUACUAUCUAAUUUUUGUGCUUGUUAAAAAAUACUGGCCCACACCAGUUGCAACACGAUUACAGUGUUGUACUUUAAUCAAUAAAUAUAUUGCAU